AUGGUGUUAAUAUUGGCAGCACCUGACAUCUGUCUCUGUUUGACACUGACAAUAGGAGGUUAUGGAGGCCGCGGUGUAGGCCCAGGUGGUUUGGUGCCAGGAGGCGUUGGACCUGGUGGCAUUGGAGGAUUGGGAGCAGCGAUAUGUUAUAACUCAAUAGCAGCUCCCCAGCCUUUCAUCAACCCGUUCUGUGUCAGUACUCUAGGUCUGGAGCAUGGACCUCUAUCCUUAUCCAUCUGGCAGCAUAGCCCAAGUGUUGUUUACACAAUGAUGGAGAAAUUUCAGCCCAUGAAGACAGAUGGCCGAUUGAACGACCUGGUUGUAAUCAGUGGUUAUGGCAAUCUAGGAGUUGGUGGUCUUGGACCAGGUGGUUAUGGUCCUCCAUAUGGCGGCGCCGGAGGCUUCUACCCAGGGGUUGGACAAAAGGCUGCCAAAAGAGGUGCUGGAGGCCCUCUGCUACCAGGAGGAGAAUACUUUGCUUUGGAACAGGGGCAGGAGCAGGACCUGGAGGAGCAGGAACUGGAGCCGCACUGCCAGCUGGAGUCCCUGUUAUUCCUCAGACAGGCCUUCCAGGAGGAGGAGCUGGUGUUGGAGCAGGAAAGAAAGCUGCCAAAGUUCCAGGUGUUGGUGUGCCAGGACUUUACCAAGGUGGAUUGGUACCAGGGAAAGGUGUGGUUUGGCGGACGCGGUGUUCUGCCGGGAGUAGCCACUGGCACCGACCUGAAUCAAAAAUCAAUUGGAGGCGGAGGACAGGGAGGUGUAGGACCAGGCCGCGGGUAUGGUGGCGGGAUGCAGACAGGAGUUUUUCACGGAUACCCCCUCAAAUCACCCAAAGUUCCAGGUGCCUAUGGAGCAAAACCUGGAGGUGGCAAACUUCCCUUUGGUUAUGGGGGCUUUGGUGCUGCUGGAGGAGCUGGACUUCCAGGAAAAGGUGGCCCUGGUUAUCCUGUUGGAACUGGAGUGGGUCCCGGUGGUCUCUCUCCUGCUCAAGCUAAAGCAGCCAAAUAUGGUUUGGGCGGUCUUGGAGGCGCUGGAGGUGUUGGUGGCACUGGAGGAGCAUUUCCAGGGCAGGUGCCAGGAGCAGGCUAUGGAGCUGCAUCCAAGGCUGCUAAAUAUGGAGUACCAGGUGGAGUACCAGGUGGAGUACCAGGUGGAGUACCAGGUGGAGUGCCAGGAGGAGUACCAGGAGGAGUACCAGGUGGAGUGCCAGGAGGUGGAUAUUCAGCAGCAGCCAAAGCAGCUAAAUAUGGAGUACCAGGUGGAGUACCAGGUGGAGUACCAGGAGGAGUACCAGGUGGAGUACCAGGAGGAGUACCAGGAGGAGUACCAGGUGGAGUGCCAGGAGGUGGAUAUUCAGCAGCAGCCAAAGCAGCUAAAUAUGGACAAGGAGCAGCAGGAGGACUAGGAGGACUGGGAGGAGCAGGAGGACUGGGAGGACUGGGAGGAGCAGGAGGAUACCCUGCCGCUGCAAAAGCUGCUAAAUAUGGAGCGGCAGGACAAGGGGCAGGAGGACUGGGAGGAACAGGAUUAGGAGGUGGAGGAUACCCAGCUGCUGCUGCCGCUGCUGCUGCUGCUAAAGCUGCCAAAUACGGUCAAGGUGGUGGUGCCGGGGUACUCCCAGGUGGUGCUGGAGGUGCAGUUCCUGGAAGAGUCCCAUUUUUACCAGGAUAUGGAUCUUUGGCAGCUGGAGCAAAACCUCCUAAAUAUGGAGUUCCAGGAGGAGCAGGGCUAGGAACAGGAGGCUUCGGAGGGGCAGGAGGAGUACCAGGAGGAGUACCAGGAGCUGGACAAUACCCCGCUGCCGCUGCUGCUGCAAAAGCUGCAAAAUACGGAGUUGCAGGAGGAGCAGGGUUAGGAACAGGAGGACUGGGAGGAGCAGGAGGAGCUGGUUUGGUACCAGGCGGUGGACAAUACUCUGCUGCUGCAAAAGCUGCUAAAUACGGACUGCCAGGAGGAGCUGGACUGGGAGGAACUGGUGGAGUACCUGGUGGAGUACCUGGUGGAGUACCUGGUGGUGUACCUGGUGGUGUACCAGGAGGGUUUGGAGGAUAUCCAGGCGGUGUGAAACCACCUAAAUAUGGCGUCACCGGACUAGGACUUGCCGUCCCAGGAGCUACACCAGGUCAGGCUGUCGGUGUUGGUCCAGGCGGUACAGGUGUUCCUGUAGGCUUAAAACCAGGAAAGGACCUUGUUCCUGCAGGAACCCCUGAUCCAGGGCCCACGCCUAUUGCCACAACUGGCAAGGCCCCAGAGGUCCCACAGCCCAUAUUUGUGAAUGUGGAGCAGGUGUUGCGCCCUCUGGUGUUGCACCCGGAGUCCCACAACCUGGAGGUAUUGGCGUUGGUGUUGGAACAGGGGGCAAACCACCUAAACCAAUCUUACCAGUUCCUUAUGGUGCUGGUACCGGCCCUGGAAUCGGAGCGGGAACGCUGCCUGGAGCGAAACCUUUGA